AUGAAGAAAGAGGACUCAGGCGGUCAGAGUCUGAAUGAAGUCAGGACCCUGCUCUGCGUGUCUGGCAGUAAUUAUGACGGCAGAGGGAAGAGGAUUAAGGUGCUAUCCCGUCCUGGGGUCCUAUUAGUGGGAUUGAUGUUUUUGGCCACCCUUCCUUUUGGAGCAGGCAUCAAACAGAGCGUCCCCAGGGUCAAACUCAGCCACAGAGAGCUGCUGCUCACUGGCAGUGAAUCUCUGUUUUUGGGCCCAUCUGACGGCCUUCACUCCCACUCGCUGCUGCUGGAUGAGGAGAGGGGUCGUCUGCUGCUGGGAGCCAGAGAUCACAUCUAUCUGCUUGACCCUGACAAUCUGGCCAGAGCCCCCAGAAAGAUUCACUGGCCUGCUUCCCGGGACAGCGUGGAAAUGUGCAAACUGGCGGGGAAAAAUGCAAAUCUGGAGUGUGCAAAUUUUGUCAGGGUGCUUCACAACUACAACCGAACACACGUCUACGCCUGCGGGACCGGAGCCUUUCACCCAAACUGUGCUUUCAUCGAAGUCACCGGGCGCAGAGAGGAUGGUGUGUUCCAGCUGCUGCCUCGCACAGUGGAGUCUGGCAGGUUGAAGUGUCCUUUUGAUCCACUGCAGCCAUUCACCUCCGUCCUCACAGAUCAGUACCUGUACGCGGGCACAUCUUCAGACUUCCUGGGCAAGGACACGACAUUCACGCGCUCCCUUGGCCCUCCACCAGACCAGCACUACAUACGCACAGACAUCGCCGAGGACUACUGGAUCAAUGAGGCCAGGUUUGUAGCUGCUCAUCCCAUCGCAGACACCUACAACCCAGAUGAUGACAAGAUAUACUUCUUCUUCCGCGAGGUGUCGUGGGAGGGCAACGACAAGAGCAUCCUGACCCGAGUGGCUCGUGUGUGCAAGAAUGACGUGGGUGGGCUGAGGAGUCUGACCAAUAAAUGGACCACCUUCCUCAAAGCCAGGCUUGUGUGCUCAAUCCCCGGACCUGACGGAGUGGACACACACUUCGAUGAGCUCCAGGACAUCUUUCUGCUCCCGACCAGAGAUGAGAAAAACCCCAUAGUGUAUGCAGUCUUCACCACCUCCAGCUCCAUUUUCCGUGGCUCAGCAGUGUGUGUGUACAGCAUGGCGGAUAUAAGGGCCGCGUUCAAUGGACCUUACGCCCACAAGGAGGGGCCCGACCACCGAUGGAUAGAAUAUGAGGGGAGGAUUCCGUAUCCACGUCCUGGAACGUGUCCGAGCAAAACAUAUGAUCCAAGGAUCAAGACCACUAAAGACUUCCCAGAUGAGGUCGUCAGUUUCAUCCGAUUCCACCCUCUGAUGUAUAAGGCCGUCCAGCCUCUGACCGGACGGCCCGUGUUCACACGUGUCCGAGUGGACUACACCCUGACCAAGGUUGUAGUGGACAGAGUUUCAGCAGAGGAUGGACAUUAUGAGGUCAUGUUCCUGGGAACAGAUGUCGGCUCAGUUCUGAAGGUGGUGAGCAUCAAGCAAGACAACUGGUCAACAGAGGAAGUCGUGCUCGAAGAACUUCAAGUUUUCCAGGUUCCAACUCCCAUCCUGAGUAUGAAGAUGUCUUCUAAACAGCAACAGCUCUACGUGGGCUCCAGCGAGGGGCUGGCUCAGGUUUCUCUCAGUAGAUGUCACCUGUACGGUCAGGCCUGCGCUGAGUGCUGCCUGGCUCGAGAUCCCUACUGCGCCUGGGACGGACGCACAUGCUCCCGAUACAUCCCUGCAUCUAAGAGGCGAGCCAGGAGACAGGACAUCAAACAUGGCGACCCUGCCAGUCAGUGCUGGGACACAGAAGACAGUCUUGGUGGAGGACAAGUGCAGGAGAAGCUUCUCUACGGGGUGCAAAGCAACUCCACAUUCCUGGAGUGUAUCCCCAAAUCCCAGCAGGCCCAGAUCCGGUGGUACGUCCAGAGACCUGGAUCCGAACGCAAGGAGGAGGUCAGGCUGAAUGAUCGUGUCGUUCACACCGAUCGAGGCCUUCUGAUUCGCUCCCUCCACGCCUCUGAUGCCGGCGUGUACGUGUGCGUGGCUCAGGAGCACUCGCACUUCACCCACACACUCCUCCGUCUCACGCUGCAGCUCGUUACACACGGCCACCUGGACGGGAAGACCAAGCCCGGCGAUGACCCCGUGGUGGAGCCGCGACACGGCGGCGAGCCCCGGCAGCGGUACAAAGACUACCUGCGAGUCAUGAGCUCUCCCUUCGGCUCUCUGGAGGAGUACUGCGACUCGCUGUGGCUGGAGAAGAGGCCGUCGAGGGCGAGGGGACGCGGCCCGGGAGCUGCCAAGUGGAAGCACAUCCAGGAAAUGAAGAAGAGCAGGAACAGGAGACACAACAGGGAGAGGGAGGAAGGGGGAGGAAGAGGUGGGAGGGUGAGGACAGCAGAAUAA